CGCAUCAGCGACAUGUGCAAAGAAAACAAAGAGAGUUUGUUGGUGAACUAUGAAGAGCUGGCAUCCAGAGAGCAUGUGCUGGCGUAUUUUCUGCCGGAGGCUCCUGCCGAGAUGCUAAAGAUCUUUGACGAAGCCGCUAAAGAGGUGGUGCUGGCAAUGUACCCCAAAUACGAUAGAAUCGCACACGAAAUCCACGUCCGUAUCGGCAACCUGCCGCUGGUGGAAGAACUUCGAUCGCUCCGGCAGCUUCACCUGAACCAGCUAAUCCGCACCAGCGGUGUCGUGACCAGCUGCACUGGAGUUCUGCCGCAGCUCGGUAUGGUGAAAUACAACUGUAACAAGUGUAACUUCAUCUUGGGACCCUUCUUCCAGUCCCAGAACCAGGAGGUGAAGCCGGGCUCCUGUCCCGAGUGUCAGUCACUCGGUCCGUUUGAGAUCAACAUGGAGAAGACUGUGUACCAGAACUACCAGCGUAUCACUAUUCAGGAGAGUCCUGGCAAAGUGGCGGCGGGCCGCCUGCCUCGCUCCAAAGAUGCCAUCCUGCUGGCCGACUUGGUGGACACUUGCAAACCUGGAGACGAGAUUGUGAGUCAACAGACCCUGAUGAAUAAAUUAUUUAUCAAAUCCCCUUUAAUGAAGAAGCUUGAUCUGCACUGCAUUCAUCCCAGACAACAGUUUGGUGGCAUCAGAA